AUGAUCAUAACAAUAGAGAAAUGUUACGAAUAUUGGCCGGUUGAAUUAGGUGCACAAUUUGGAUAUUUGGUAGUGGAACCGAUUGCUGAAUAUAAUAUGUCGCAGUAUGUAUUACGUGAAUUUAGGAUUACUGAUACUGAGUCCGGUCAAACAAAAACACUAAGACAUUUUCAAUAUGUAGAAUGGCCUGAUCAUUGUCCACCAAAAUCUGCCGAGCUAUUCAUCGAUUUCAUUCAUCAAGUACAUCGGACGAAAACACAAUUUGGUGUAGACGGUCCAAUUACGGUGCAUUGCUCAACAGGUGCUGGACGUACUGGAGUUUUCAUUGCGCUUAGUGUGAUUAUUGAUCGGAUGAAGUUAGAACACGUAGUUGACGUAUUUACUACAGUUAAAUUACUCCGAACCAAACGUCAAAAUAUGGUUCAGGAUAAGGAUCAGUAUCACUUCUGUUAUCAGGCUGCUCUUGAAUUCCUGGCCACAUAUGAUAAUCCAUAUCAAAUGUCUUGA